AUGGUGCUCCUCCAUCCUGCUGGUUGUCUUCAAACUUUUCUCGAGUUGGAUCAGGGCCAACAACUGGCGCCACGCACUCGACGGAAGCGGAAACACGUUCCGCAUCGCCUCCGCUCGCAAGAGUUCGUCAGACGUCGCAACAGCCGCGAGAGGCGCCGCGUGAGGAUCAUCAACGCGGCUUUCGAGUCGCUGCGGCACCGCGUGCCGAGGCUGCAGCAGGACGCCCAGGCCUCCAAGAUCAGCAUCCUGCGGCAGGCCCGCCUGUACAUCCUCAGUCUGACGUCCUUUCUAAACGCUGUUGACGGAGGAACGUGGGCCCACCAAACGGCCACUGACCCCGUCGCCAAGGGCAAGGUAACACCAUCGUCCUCUGACAUUAUCGAGUCUGAAGGCAACAGAACUCGUCUGUCCUUGCUGGACACAGAAAUCGAACCACACAAAGGGACUGAUCAAAAAGCCUGCGUGUGGGAAGACCUCGACAGCGAAAGAGCUGCGAGUGGGGAUGAAGACAGUGUCCCUUGUUCCACCUAG